GCUGCUAUACCUAUAGAAAUGCUCCUCUCCAACCAUAAAAAGGACCCAGCCAGUGCUGCCAUUUUCUUCUCUCCAUGAUCAGGCAGUGCUAUAUAUGCUAGCUAGUACACACAGUCACACACUACAUCGCAAGAGGAUUAAUAUAAUCCCGAUCGAGUAGAUCGAGCUGUCCGGCCGUGCGAAUCUUGGUGAUAUCCAUGGCGCCGGUGGCCGGCUCCGGCGACGAGUGGAGUGAGACGGCCAUGCUCGUCAUCGAUAUGCAGAAGGAUUUCGUGGAUCCGGCGACAAGCAGCGCCGCGCUAUUGGCCGGUGAGGCCAUUCUACCCACUGUCACCGCAGCAGUCGCCGUCGCGAGGCAGCGUGGUAUCUUCAUCGUCUGGGUGGUCAGAGAGCAUGACCCUUCUGGGAGAGACGUUGAACUUUUUCGCAGGCACUUCUAUUCUAGUGGCAAGGGCCUAGGGGUGGAAGGUUCCAAAGGUGCUGAGCUCGCUGAUGGGCUUACUAUCAAAGAUGGGGAUUACAAGUUGGUGAAGACUAGGUUCAGUGCUUUCUUUGCAACGCACCUUGAUUCUGUCCUCAAGACCUCUGGAAUAAAGAACUUGGUUAUUGUUGGGGUUCAAACACCAAAUUGCAUUCGACAGACAGUCUUUGAUGCUGUAGCACUGGACUACGACAAAGUUGCUGUCAUUAUUGAUGCAACAGCUGCUGCUAAGCCGGAGAUCCAUUUAUCAAACAUGAUAGAUAUGAAGAAUAUCGGAGUGGAAACACCAACCUUGGAGGAAUGGAGACGUUGAACUUGCUGUUACGUACUGCUCAUGUUAUUACAGGAAACUUGCUACAUAUAUACGCAAGACCACCACCUUCCUGGAUGCAUCAUCAGCAACAGCGACUGGACCUCCAUAUUGUUACUUGUUUAAAUUACCUCCAUAUGCGUCAUUAUAAUUAUAUAUAUAUGAACCUUGUAUAACUGUGUUUAAUGUGGUGAGUACUAAAUGUGGUUAUAUAUAUAUAUAUAUAUAUAAAAUAAGUGAUUCCCUCGCUACUAUUAAAA